CUAUCCCUCUACGCGCCCACCGGUCUUAAUCCUGCCCUAGACAUGUCUAACACGCUGAUAUCGUCCGCGCGGUUAACCAUUCUUUUCACCGCCUUUCACCGCCGCGGCCGCUGUUGCCAUGAUGCGGCUGUCUCUGGCGGGGCAGGGAUCCCCAACGACAACCGCUCCUUCCUCGCCUACUAUACUUUCUUCAUCUGGAGCUGUUCUGGUCUACCCGGGCCGCAUAUCAUACCCACAAGCCAUGUACCUGGCAAAACCAACGCUCAGUGGUCUCGUAACCUCGGCGCUCCGGGCCACUCGCGCAUCCAAAAUCGUCUUCACUGUUGCGAAUACUACUCGCCCUUUCUCGACACAACCGUCCCGCAAAUAUGUUACGCUCGGUCGGUUUUGCCCCGGAUGCAAGGCGACCUACUUUCAAUUCGAAAGAUACGUGCUCAAGGUUCGGUAUACAAUCGUCUUCUCUCUCGGUCUCCUCCAGAUCUCUAUUAUUCCCACCUGACUGCUGUGGCGAACCAUGUCACUCACUGUUUUGGAAAGGGGAUGAAGCCCCCUCAAUUUGAAUAGCAUGGCGGCUUGCGCUGGCGUGUGACACGGGGUCGUCGAUGGCGAUGGCGUGAUCUACCGUACUGAGAUUAACACUGACAUCAUUUAUGUUCAUCCCUCAACCCGACCGUGACAUCAUCUCUAUCGACAUCCACAGGAGCUAUUUUUAUAGCCCACCAACACUGAACACCUUCGUUACACCACCCAACAUCUAAUGAAGAAUGAGUUCCGCUAAAGACAUUGUCGAGGUGCGUAUCCCUCUUUGUUCAUAAAAACUUUGCUCCCCUGUGUAUGUCCCAACACCAAUUCCCAACACAAACAAGAAUGCCAUUGCCAACCGUCGGGUUGUCAUCUUUGCCAAGAGUUACUGCCCACAUUGCCGCGCGUCCAAACAACUCCUGAAAGAGCUGUUCCCUCCUGACGACGUCCUCAUAUUCGAGUGCGUAUCGUGUCGUCAAUUUUGACUGGAUGGUAUAAACAACCUUCUAAAACGAAGAGG